AUGCGCCCGCAACGCGCCGAGGAAGUGGGCCUCCCUUGGGGGGCAGUUCUCUCCCGAGAGCCGCCGGAUAAUCACGGCGGCGCGGAGGGGGGCUGCUUUCGAGCCGGCGCCCUACAGACGCGAGAGGAGUCCUCCCCACCGGGAGCAGGGCGGGCCUCGGCUGUUAGCAGAGGAGAUCGCGGAGUCUGGAGCAGCCGGAACCAGGUGAGCCGCCGUCCUUUCGGUGUUCUCCUUGAACCAAACUGGUUGCUCUCGGGGGGCGGGGGCGGGCUGCCCCCAAAUUAG